AGGCUUUCUUUUGAAGGGCUUUUUUAUGACGAGAAGGGAGGAGAACCCGGGAUUUUGCAGGGUUCCAUUUUUAAUUGCAAUUAGGCUGGAGUGAUUUACACUAGGCACGGUGCUGUUCUUUGUGUGUGUAUGUGUAAAGGUAGAAAGAAUUUACAUGUUUGACAGUAGGUAUCGGCUUUCCACUGUAGUGAGAAAAAAUAUUUCUGAUUGUCUCAGAGGUGGCAGUGAAGCCCACCUUUAGCACAGGAAGAUGAGUGAACUUGACCAGUUACGCCAGGAGGCUGAGCAACUGAAAAACCAAAUCAGAGAUGCCAGAAAAGCAUGUGCAGAUGCCACUCUGGCCCAGAUCACAGCCAACAUUGAUCCAGUGGGUCGAAUUCAGAUGCGUACUAGAAGAACACUGAGGGGGCACUUGGCUAAAAUUUAUGCGAUGCAUUGGGGGACUGAUUCCAGGCUUCUAGUUAGUGCCUCCCAGGAUGGCAAACUUAUCAUCUGGGAUAGCUACACCACAAACAAGGUCCAUGCCAUUCCCCUGCGUUCAUCUUGGGUGAUGACCUGUGCAUAUGCCCCCUCUGGAAACUAUGUGGCCUGCGGUGGUCUUGAUAACAUCUGUUCCAUUUACAACCUGAAAACUCGUGAAGGAAAUGUUCGUGUCAGCCGUGAGCUAGCUGGUCACACAGGUUACUUGUCAUGCUGCCGUUUCCUGGAUGAUAAUCAAAUAGUUACUAGUUCUGGAGACACCACUUGCGCCCUUUGGGAUAUUGAAACUGGCCAGCAGACGACCACAUUUACUGGGCACACUGGGGAUGUCAUGAGUUUAUCUCUUGCUCCUGAUGCCAGGUGUUUUGUUUCUGGUGCCUGUGAUGCCUCUGCCAAACUGUGGGAUGUUCGAGAAGGAAUGUGUCGGCAAACAUUCACUGGCCACGAGUCAGACAUCAAUGCCAUCUGUUUCUUCCCAAAUGGCAAUGCAUUUGCCACAGGCUCAGAUGAUGCCACAUGCAGGCUCUUUGAUCUUCGUGCUGACCAGGAACUUAUGGUUUAUUCACAUGACAACAUCAUCUGCGGCAUCACCUCUGUAGCAUUCUCCAAAAGCGGACGUCUCCUCCUAGCUGGUUAUGACGACUUUAACUGCAAUGUGUGGGACACACUGAAAGCAGAUAGAGCAGGUGUCCUUGCAGGCCAUGAUAACCGUGUCAGUUGCUUAGGUGUGACUGAUGAUGGUAUGGCAGUAGCAACAGGAUCCUGGGAUAGCUUCCUCAAGAUCUGGAACUGAAUACAAGCGAUGGACUCCACCGUGACUGGAAGACAUUUCCAACGGUUGAAAACUAAAAUGAUAGCGUAUCCAAUCCAACCAUACUAACUUGGACCCCCCCUCCCAUUUUCCUCAAAACUUCAAAGGGCAAGAUCUUUACCAUCUCCUAUUGCUGAAAUGAAGAGCACAAUUAACUUUCAAAGAAGAAUUUCUGUAGUUGUAAGCAAACUGAAAUUGUGCAUUCCUUUUGGGACCAUUUUUUUUUCUUGCGAAUUUAAAAAAAAAACACUAUCAUAAAAGCAUGACCAGAAAAUAAACUUGAGCAUAAUUGUGAAACAAACUUAACUUCACUGUAGUUUUCAAGUUAAAGUUGAGAACUUUGUUUUAUCUCUCACGGUUUCAAAUUUUAAAGUCACGUUUGUAGAAGGAUUUAUUUUUUUCACAUUUCCUUUUUAAAUACAUUUCUUUAUGGUCAAUAACUGAGCAAAACAAGGGAAUCCUAGCCCAGUGUGUCUGGGGUUGUUAAUGCUGUAAAUUUAGUCCCUACUUUUUUUUAUUUCUGUCUAGUGUCACAGAUAAUUGUUGCACAAAACAUUGCAUCUAUAGAAUAAUGUUAAGAAGUAAGGAAACCAAGCACAUGCUGUACAUGGUAUCGAAUGCUUGUUUAAAGAACCUUUCACCUUUUAUGGGUAACAAAUGAAAAUCCUAAAUUUCUACCCACCCACCCCGAAACCUAUGGAUUUUUAAAAAAAUCUACUCUUUUCUUUGUCCAUUUGGAAGGGCAGUUUAUAUAUCCUAACACUACCCCAUAGUCUCAACAACCAGGAAUCUCUGUUUUCAAAAGAGACCUGUCCUGUGCUUGGUUAUUAAGUCAAUUCUUUGUGUAUGAAAUGAUGUACAAAUCAAUGUUUUGAAAAUAAUGAUCUUAAACUUUCUAAGUUAAACAAAAAAAUUUUUUUUGAUUGUUUGCCAUAUUGGGUGGGUUUACUCUUAGAAUCGCAUGCUGUAGAAAUGCUAAAAAGUGCAUAUUGGACUAAGUCUUUAGAUGUUCUUUUCUUUAAAGAAAUAACCUGUUUAAAACCUGUAACCAUUGCCGCUGUAUUCAUUUCUUGUUGCUACUCUGUGCAUAAAUCGAUGAAGACUUCAAGUACAAAGCUAUGCACGUUUUGGAGUAGCGUGAGAAGUCACUUUUUUUUAAACAGCCUGUUCAAACGACCGCUGUCAAAUAUUCUGGGGUGGGGGUUGGGGAACCCAGACCAUCUUCUUUUUAAAUUAAUUCUUCACAGCCAGUUCUUCUUGUAGAAUGAGUUAUUUACAUCUGAUAAGAAUCAUUUUUGUAAUGAACAGGUUUUCCUGGCUUUCUUUUCAAAUAAAAUGUUAAAAGCAGCAGCGUUUGGACAGCAGAUUGUUCUCUUAAAUUCUAUUUUCACUGUAUCCAGAAAUGCUCCUUCCUAGCAGCAGUAGUGGCUUUCUCCAUUCUGUUUUUCUGCAACAUUCUGUACAAAAAUGUGCUGUAAUUGUGCGUUAGGCCUGGAUUUGGCAUAAAAAAGAUGAAUUCCCUCUCUUUCAUGAAACUACUCUGUAGAGCUUUCUCCGCACCCUGUAUCCCUCCUCUUCACCUUUUUGUAUUUAAUUUUAAAGUCAGUGUACUUCAAGAAAGCUGGAUGCAAGAUAGAUACUAUAUUAAAAUGUACUGUUAUUUAAGAUGUAAUAAAGCAGUUUGACAUGA